UUCAUUUCAAAACCCAAGAAACAUAAAAUCUCGGACGAUCCCCAUUCAAACGCUAAUGGGUUGUUGCGGCAGUAAAAACCUACCACCAUCGGAUCUAGUCAGUGAACGAGAGUCAGGGACAAUACUGGGGAAGCCAUUAGUAGAGUUCAACAAGCUUUACAAACUCGGUAAAGAACUAGGCAAAGGUGGUUUCGCCACAACUUACAUGUGCCAAGAAAUCUCCACAGGCCACAGCUUCGCCUGCAAAUCCAUACCCAAGAGGAAGCUAACGAGCCAAGAAGACAAAGAAGCCGUGAAGACAGAGAUUGAGAUAAUGAAAGAGCUUUCAGGAGUUUCCAACAUCGUACAGUUUCAUGGGUCUUACGAGGACAAGAAAUUCGUACACAUCGUGAUGGAGCUUUGUCGUGGUGGUGAGUUAUUCGACAGGAUUGAUGCUUUGGUCAAGUCUCAUAGCUAUUACUCGGAGAAAGAUGCUGCUGGGAUCUUCAAGUCGAUUAUGAACGCUGUCCAGAUUUGUCAUUCAAUGAAUGUGGUUCAUAGGGAUCUCAAGCCAGAGAACUUCUUGUUCUCUAGUGAUGAUGAAGAGAGUGCUGAGCUCAAAGCCAUCGACUUUGGUUGUUCUGUUUACCUCAAAGAAGGAGUGGAAUUGAAGGAGAAAGUGGGCAGUGAUUACUACAUUGCUCCUGAAGUGUUAAGAGGGGAAAGCUAUGGGAAAGAAAUAGACAUUUGGAGUGCAGGUGUUAUAUUGUACAUCCUUCUCAGUGGCAGCCCUCCAUUUGGAAAUGAUGAUGAGAUUAAGGAAGGAAGAAUUGAUUUUGAUAGCCAACCUUGGCCUAAUAUAUCUACGGGUGCAAAAUACCUUAUCAAGCAGAUGCUCAACAAAAACCAGAAGGAACGAAUCACUGCUGCAAAGGUUCUUGAACAUCGUUGGAUCCUGAGCGAAGCUUCGGAUAAGCCUAUUGAUGGUGUUGUUCUGUCCCGUUUGAAGCAAUUCCGAGCUAUGAACAAGCUUAAGAAGCUAGCUCUUAAGGUUAUAGCAGAGGGUCUAUCAGAAGAGGAAAUCAAAAGUCUUAAAACCAUGUUUGAGAGUUUGGAUACCGACAAAAGCGGGUCAAUCACUUAUGAAGAACUCAAAACUGGGCUGAACAGACUUGGCUCUAAACUCCCUGAAGCUGAAGUUAAACAACUCAUGGAAGCUGCUGAUGUGGAUGGUAAUGGAACAAUAGACUACACAGAGUUUAUCACAGCGACAAUGCAUAGACACAGGUUGGAACGGGAUGAACAUUUGCACAAAGCGUUCCUGCACUUUGAUAAAGACAACAGUGGGUACAUAACCAAGGAUGAAUUGGAGAUAGCCAUGAAGGAGCAUGGCAUGGGAGAUGAAGCUUGUGCCAAAGAAAUUAUAUCAGAAGUUGAUAAAAAUAAUGACGGAAGAAUAUCCUAUGAGGAGUUUUGUGCUAUGAUGAGAAGUGGCAACUUGCAGCCACAAGGGAAACUUAUUCAUCAUUGAUCAUAAGCUCUUGUUUAUCACUCGCGGUUUGGUUAAACCGGAGAAGAAGAAUUAAACCAGGGAAAAAACGAGGUGAGAGGUAGUUGAUACUGAAACUUGUGUUACAUAUGCCUUCUUGCAAUCAAUCAAUCCACAAUAACCAAUUCAUUCUUUACACAACCUGAGAUUGGUAGCUAUUAUUACACUCUUGACUUGAGGCAAGUAAGGUAGACAAAAUAAAGAAAAACUCAAAAGUAGGAGACCAAAUAGCACAAAACGAAUCACA